CCCGAGAGUGAGGGCUGCUGGGCCCGAUGACGUGGCCUGGCCCCGUCCGAUCCGGUGAGCCUCCGGGAAACCCGGCGGCGCCGGAACUGUCCGCGGCCUAGUCCCGACGCGCGUGUGCUUGUGAGCCGGAGCCGGGGACAGCGGCAGCGGCCCGGCCUACGGGGACCCGACGGGGCCGCUGGCAUGGGGGAGUGACGCGCCUGCGCCCGGUGUUCCGCUGCAGCGGCGAGACAUGAGGAGACCCCGCAGCGGGGGCAGCGGCGGCGGCUCCUGAUCCCCGGGAUGGAGGAGAAAUACGGCGGGGACGUGCUAGCCGGCCCCGGCGGCGGCAGCGGCGGCCUCGGGCCGGUGGACGUGCCCAGCGCUCGGUUAACGAAAUAUAUUGUAUUACUAUGUGUCACUAAAUUUUUGAAGGCUGUGGGGCUUUUUGAAUCAUAUGACCUCCUAAAAGUAGUUCACAUUGUUCAGUUUAUUUUUAUAUUAAAACUUGGGACUGCAUUUUUUAUGGUUUUGUCUCAAAAGCCUUUUUCUUCUGGGAAAAGUAUUACCAAACGCCAGUGGAUCAAAAUAUUUAAACAUGCAAUUGCUGGGUGUAUCAUUUCACUUUUGUGGUUUUUUGGCCUCACUCUUUGUGGACCACUAAGGACUUUGCUGCUAUUCGAGCACAGUGAUACUGUUGUCAUCUCACUGCUCAGUGUUUUGUUCACUAGUUCUGGAGGAGGACCAGCAAAGACAAGAGGGGCUGCUUUUUUCAUUAUUGCUGUGAUCUGCCUAUUGCUUUUCGACAAUGAUGAUCUCAUGGCUAAAAUGGCUGAACACCCUGAAGGACAUCAUGACAGUGCUCUAACUCACAUGCUUUACACAGCCAUUGCCUUCUUAGGUGUGGCAGAUCACAAGGGUGGAGUAUUAUUGCUAGUACUGGCUUUGUGUUGUAAAGUUGGUUUUCAUACAGCUUCCAGAAAACUCUCUACAGAUGUUGGUGGAACCAAACGUCUUCAAGCUUUAUCCCAUCUUGUUUCUGUGCUUCUCUUAUGCCCAUGGGUCGUUGUUCUUUCUGUGACAACUGAGAGUAAAGUCGAGUCUUGGUUUUCUCUCAUUACACCUUUCACAACGGUUAUUUUUUUUGUCAUGAUCCUGGAUUUCUAUGUCGAUUCCAUUUGUUCAGUCAAAGUGGAAGUUUCCAAAUGUGCCCGAUAUGGAUCCUUUCCCAUUUUUAUUAGUGCUCUACUUUUUGGAAAUUUUUGGACGCAUCCAAUAACAGACCAGCUUCGGGCCAUGAACAAAGCAGCACACCAGGAGAGCACGGAACACGUCCUUUCUGGAGGAGUGGUAGUGAGCGCUAUAUUCUUCAUAUUGUCUGCCAACAUCUUAUCAUCUCCUUCUAAGAGAGGACAGAAAGGUACCCUAAUUGGAUAUUCUCCUGAAGGAAUACCUCUUUAUAACUUCAUGGGUGAUGCUUUUCAGCAUAGCUCCCAGUCAAUCCCUAGGUUUAUUAAGGAAUCACUAAAACAAAUUCUUGAGGAGAAUGACUCUAGGCAGAUCUUUUACUUCUUGUGCUUGAAUCUGCUUUUUACCUUUGUGGAAUUAUUCUAUGGCGUGUUGACCAAUAGUCUGGGUCUGAUCUCAGAUGGAUUUCACAUGCUCUUUGACUGCUCUGCUUUGGUCAUGGGACUUUUUGCAGCCCUGAUGAGUAGAUGGAAAGCAACUCGGAUUUUCUCCUAUGGGUAUGGCCGAAUAGAAAUUCUCUCUGGAUUUAUUAAUGGGCUUUUUCUAGUGGUAAUAGCUUUUUUCGUGUUUAUGGAAUCAGUGGCUAGAUUAAUUGAUCCUCCGGAAUUAGACACACACAUGUUAACACCAGUCUCAGUUGGAGGGCUGAUAGUAAACCUUAUUGGUAUCUGUGCCUUUAGCCAUGCCCAUAACCAUACCCAUGGAGCUUCUCAAGGAAGCUGUCACUCAUCUGAUCACAGCCAUUCUCACCAUGUGCAUGGACACAGUGACCAUGGGCACGGUCACAGCCACGGAUCUGCAGGCAGAGGCAUGAAUGCUAACAUGAGGGGUGUAUUUCUACAUGUUUUGGCAGACACACUUGGCAGUAUUGGUGUGAUCGUAUCCACCAUUCUUAUAGAGCAGUUUGGAUGGUUCAUUGCUGAUCCCCUCUGUUCUCUUUUUAUCGCUAUAUUAAUAUUUCUCAGUGUUGUCCCACUGAUUAAGGAUGCCUGUCAGGUUCUCCUUCUGAGACUGCCACCAGAAUAUGAAAAAGAACUACAUAUUGCCUUAGAAAAGCUACAGAAAAUUGAAGGAAUAAUAUCAUACCGAGACCCACAUUUUUGGCGUCAUUCUGCCAGUAUUGUGGCAGGAACAAUUCAUAUACAGGUGACAUCUGAUGUGCUGGAACAAAGAAUAGUACAGCAGGUUACAGGAAUACUUAAAGAUGCUGGAGUAAACAACUUAACAAUUCAAGUGGAAAAAGAAGCAUACUUUCAACAUAUGUCUGGCCUAAGUACUGGAUUUCAUGAUGUUCUGGCUAUGACAAAACAAAUGGAGUCCAUGAAAUACUACAAAGAUGGUACUUACAUCAUGUGAGAUAACUUGGGAAUUACCCCUGGGGUAUGAACAAUGAAGAUGAAAUGACCGGGUAUUUAUAAUAUCACCAGAAGAAAAUUGCACAUAAUUGUACAGAAACAUUUUGUGGUAUUUGAAAAAAAUUUUAAAGCUCCUCACAGGGCUUCCUUGGUGGCGCAGUGGUUGAGAGUCCGCCUGCCGAUGCAGGGGACACGGGUUCGUGCCCCGGUCCGGGAAGAUCCCACAUGCCGCGGAGCGGCUGGGCCCGUGAGCCAUGGCCGCUGAGCCUGCGCAUCCAGAGCCUGUGCUCCGCAACGGGAGAGGCCACAACAGUGAGAGGCCCGCAUACCGCAAAAAAAAAAAAAAAAAAAAAAAAAGCUCCCUACAGUUGGAUCAAGGAAUCUUUCUUAAAGGAAAUUUAAAUACAGAAUGAAGCAUUAAUUGUAUAAAAUAAUUGUUUAAAUUAUGUGUAAAACAGGAAACUUAAAAUUUAAGUGAACAUGAUGUAUCAUAUCUUCAAAAGUGAACAUAUAAUGAUGGAUUCUAGUGAAGACCAAAAUAACUUCUGUGUGUUUACUUUCUGUAAGAAAGCAUCUCCAUUGUAAAUAAUGUAUUUACAUGUUUAUUACAAAGACCCAAAUGAAAAAUUUUUAGUCAAUUUUUUGCAUAGCCCUAGGGUAAAAUAGGAAUAAAAGUUCUAUAUUUAUGGA